AUGAUAUGUAAUUGCGGAUUUUGGUUUGAAUAUAAUACAGAGUACAUUAUAGGCUAGUAUGACUCUACUUCAAACUCUAAUCCGAUAAUAAGGACAUACUUUUCUCUGCCCCCUCAUUGGAGCAUCGCAUUUAGUUUUGAUUUAAUUUUAUUUAAUAUAAAUAAUUGGAAAAGCUAGGAUAAAUUACAAAUCUCAGUUGAUAAUAAUGUCUUAACAUCAUAUUAGAAAGAAAGUAUUAAUCCUUCCUUAUCAUUUUGUACCAGUUCAACUUAUGACACACUAAAAUUUUAUCAUAUAAAUGUGACUCAUUCCUCUCCUUUUGUUUAGCUUUAAAUAAAAUCUAAUUUUGUGCCUUCUGCCUCUAGUUAUGGGAUUAGAAAUAUUAUUUUGCAUGUGGAAACAUGUCAUUAAAGUUGCCUUACAUGCAAUGGUCCAACAUCUGAUAAUUGCUUAUCUUGCCCGAAUAACUUUUCUUUAGUGGGAAAUACAUGUAAAUGCGCUGUUGGAUAUUUUUAAUAUCAAAAUACAUGCUUAUAAUUAUGUCCUUAAGGAUAUAACUAAAACUAAAUUAAUUCAAAAUGCGAAUAUGAUAACUGUAAUACCUUAAAUUGCUAAACUUGCAACUCCUCGCCUAAGCGACAAUGUCUAACAUGUAAACCAGGCUUUUAUCUUCAUAUUGAUUAAUGUGUUUCUUCUUGCCCGCCAUAUGCACCAUUAACUAAUAAUAUCUGUUAAGAUCCUAUCUCAUCAUUAAAAAAUGGCAAAUACGCAUUAAGGGGAUUAUUUAGCUAGACUUUUGGAGAAAGUGAAAUCAAAGGAAUGAAUUUACUAACUUAAAAUUUUUAUGGUAAUGGAUUAGAAAAUAAUAAUCCAAGUAAUUAAGUUUUUACUAAUUGUGGAGGAGUUCAGUUAUUUGGAGGCGCGAAUUUAGCUGCAACACAAUCAAAAAUAAUCUGGAGAAGCUCAAAUUUAGUUCCUCAUUAUUAGCUGACUAUUUCUUUUAAGGCUUACAUCCUUGAUUCUUGGGAUUCAGAAAAUUUCUAUUUAUAAAUCGACAAUAAUACUAUUUUUUAAGUUAAUGAAGAUUUUAAUAAUUUUAGUACUUAAUUAUGUGGUUUGAGUGAGUACAAUGAUUAAAUAGAAACAAUCUAUUAAACAAUUGCCCACUCUAGUCCAACUAUAGAAGUAAUAAUCUCCUCAAACUUAGAUGAAAAUCCUUACAACGAGUCUUUUGGUAUAAGGGAACUUUACAUUUUAUUAGAAGCAUGUAUAGAUAACUGCUAGCAAUGUAACGAUAGUAUUACGUGCUAAAAGUGUAUGCCUGGGUAUGGAUUAUACAAUUCUAAAUGUUAUCAACCUUGCCCAGAUUCAUUUUGGAAUAAUUAAGGUAUUUGCACAGCUUGUGAUUCUAGCUGCUUAAAUUGUAGUGGAUCAAGCUCUUCUUAAUGCACCUCAUGUAAACCAGGCACAUUUUUAUAUAAUAAUACAUGUGUUAAGUCUUGUCCCGAUAUUCAAUACUAUCCAGAUACUUAAAACAAUAUCUGCAAACCUUGUGAUGCAAGCUGUUAAAAAUGCUAGAGUCCUGGUGAUAAUAAAUCUUGCACUUAGUGCUAACCCACAUUCUUACUAAACGGAUAAUGCUUAAGUAACUGCCCUGAUUAAUAUUAUAAAAGCGGAAACGUUUGCAAACCAUGCGAUUCAACUUGUCUCACCUGCUCUGGGCCAAAUCCAAAUUAAUGCUUAACUUGUCUUCCUCCAAAUAAAUUGCAAACAAAAGAUAAUACAUGUAGUUUGACUUGCCCUGAUACUGAUUAAUAUCUAGAUUCUAACAAAUGUAUUAAUUGUGACUCUACAUGCGCAUCUUGCUCAGCUGCUGGAGCUAAUGCAUGCACUAAAUGCAAAACUCCACUUUUUUUAAACACCAAUAAAUGUGUUCCAACAUGUCCGAGUGGUUAGUUUGCUAAUUUAAGUGAUCUUACAUGUAAACCUUGCGACUCUAAUUGUCUAACUUGCUCUAAUUCUUCUAUUUAGUGUUUAACAUGUUAAUAACCAUUAAAAUUUCAACCAAAGACUAAAUAGUGUGUAAAUAGCUGUGAUGAUAACUAGUACUUUGACAGUGUAAGCAACUAAUGUUUAUCUUGUGAUCCGAAUUGUAAGGGAUGUAUCAAUUCGUCUACAUAGUGUAUUUCUUGCAAUCCUCCUAAUUUUCUUAAACUUUCUAUGUGCACAAGUGACUGUGGGUAAAAUUAAUAUGGAGACUCUACUGAUUAAAAGUGCAAGCCAUGUGAUCCUACUUGUUUAACCUGUUCAGGGCCUAAUGGUAACUAAUGCAUAACUUGUGUUCCUCCCUUAAUACUCUAUUAAGCAGAAAAGUAAUGUAAACAAGCAUGCAGGAAUGAUUAGUACUUCGAUAAAGCUUCUAAUUCAUGCAUUUAAUGUAACUAAGAUUGCUAGUAAUGUUCUGGUCCAAACAAUAAUCAGUGCUUAAGUUGUAACCCACCAAAAAUUUUGCAAGGAACUCAAUGUUAAGGGAGCUGUGAUAAUGGCUUCUAUGCUAAUACGAAUAAUAUAUGUCUGCCUUGUGAUCCAAAUUGUUAAACUUGUGUAAAUUCGUCUACUGAGUGUAUUACCUGCCCAUCUGGGAAACUUUUAGAUACUGUUUCUAAAAAAUGUGUUUCAUAAUGCCAAGAUGUAUAAUAUUAAGAUCUAUAAAAUAAGGCAUGCAAGCCUUGUAAUAUUUAAUGUAAAACUUGUCAAGGACCUCUUGAUUCAGAUUGCUUAAGUUGUAGUCCUCCAUUUGUUUUAUAAGGAACUAAUUGCUAAUAGAAGUGUAAUGAUGGAUUUUUUUACAGCUAAACUGAUUAAAAAUGUAUGAUUUGCGAUUAAAAUUGUUAAACUUGUUCUGUUUCAUCAAAAUAAUGCACAACCUGCCCUACAAAUUAAUAUUUAGAUAUAGUUUCUAAAACAUGUGUUUCUAAGUGUAGUGAUAAUUCUUAUUUAGAUAGUUCAAAUAAUUCAUGCUUCCCUUGUAAUGCUAGUUGCAAAACAUGCUCUGGUCCUUCAUCUAUUGAAUGUUUAUCCUGCAAUCCUCCUAAUGUAUUAUAAAUAAACAAAUGUUAAUCUGAAUGUGAUUAAAGCUAUUUCUAUAGCUCCAUUGAUUAAAAAUGCAUGAAGUGUGAUUAAAAUUGUAAUACAUGUGAAAAUAAAUCAACUGAGUGUUUAACCUGUCCCCCUACAAAACUUUUAGACUCUGUUACUAAAUCUUGCGUAAGCAACUGUGCAUAAAACGAAUAUUAAGACAUACCAAGUAUGUCUUGCAAAGUUUGUGAUAAAACUUGUAAAACUUGUUCUGGACCAACUCCUUAAAACUGCCUAACAUGUGAAUCAUCAUUUUAACUCAUAAACGGAAAAUGUGUACCAAUUUGCACAGUUGGUUUUUUUUAGGAUAAAGAUUUUACAUGCAAACCAUGCGAUCCAAGUUGUACUUCAUGCAAUUUGUCGUCUAGUAAUUGCUAAACUUGUAAAAGUCCUUUUAUUCUCAAUAAACAAUAAUGUGUUGCAAAUUGCAAUUCAGAUCAAUAUAUAGACAUAACCAAAAAUGAGUGUGCAUAAUGCAAUUCAUAGUGUUAAGCUUGCACUGGCCCUUCAAAUAAUCAAUGCACAAGCUGCCCUUAGGGAAAGUUUCUUAAUGGAAGUGCUUGCUUUGAUACCUGCCAAGAAAAAUAAUACACUGAAAAUAAUGUUUGCAAAAACUGUAAUUAAACUUGCGAAUCAUGUACAGGAGAAUAAAAUAAUUAAUGUACUAAAUGCUCUAAAGGUUCUUACUUGUAUAAGAAUAUGUGUAUAUCUUAAUGUCCUGAAGAUUUAUUUUAAGAUCAAACUAAAAAUGAAUGUGCUAAAUGCCAUGAAAGUUGUUAGAACAAUGGAUGUUAUGGUCCAGGUAUGGAUCAGUGUAAAACAUAAAAUUUGGAUUAUAAGAGAUCUUUAAUUGUAAUGAUUGUCACAGGAAAAACAAUAUUUUGGUUAGUUAGCUGCAUUAUUGGGUUCAUUUUGGACAGAAAGGAUAAAAGAAUUUACUCAAAUAAGGUUUAAUCUAUUAAUGAAGAACAGAUAAAUGAAUCUCCUAGAGAUUUAGAAAAUAAGUAGGAACUUAAGCAAGAAGAAGAAUUCUUAGAGAAUCCUUAAAAUGAAUUUACAAGAAGGAGAAAAAGACAGAAAUUUUUAUAAUCUUAAAUAAAUAGUUUAAAUGUAAACUCUGCAAACAUAACAAAAGAAUAAACACAAGCUCAAAAUUCAUAAAUAAAUAGCCAUAAUAUUAGUACUUAUCGUACUCGAAGAGCUAGGUCUAAAAUUGCUAUUCUUUUGUCUUAAGCAAACACUUUCUAGGAUUUGAGCUAAAAUAAUUUAGAUUAAAAUAGCUAAGCUGUUACUGAUUUUACACCAUCAUUAAAAAAAUUAGGAUCGAAAUCAAAUAUGGCAAAUGAAUAAGAAUCGCCAUUUUGCACUUAAGUUUAGCUUGAAGAGAGUAAAUAAAAAGAUUAAUUCUAUUAAUGUAAUCAAAAGCUUAAAUAUACAUUUAUUGGAAGCGAGUUAAUAUCUUUGUUUAAAUUAUAUGAUCCACAAAUAAGUAGAAUUUUUAGAUCUACACUGAUAUACAUAAAAUAUUUAGCUUUCCUUUUUGCAACAGAGUUUGUAUUCUAUCAGGGGAAUAUCAUAUUAUUAAUACCUUCAAUAUUCUUUGGAAUAACUGUUAAAUUCUUAUUAUACUAAAUUUUAACUUCUUUAAAUAUUUUCUUGAGAUAUGGUGCAGUAAUCGCUUCACUAAUUUUAAUUGGAGCAUCUGUUUCUGAUAUUUAUCUUUGGUUCUUACCCAUAAUUAAAAACCUCUAUUGGAAUAAAGACUUUACUUGGUCAGUAUUUUAUGCAGCAGUUUUUAGUGUUGAUCUAAUUGUUAUUUAAUAGAUAAUAUCUUUGUUUAAAUACUUAAGCUCAGUAAGAUCUUUAAAUGUUAAAAAAGAAUUAUGGUAAAAUAUUUUAAAUAAACUUCUUACUAGUAGAGCGCUUAUAUUAAAUAUUAAGAAAAAUUGA